CACAAAAACGUGAUGAACUCAACCAAUCCAACAUCGCCAGCAAACUGUGAGCCGAAGAAUGUUGGCAUUCGAGCAAUGGAAUUGUACUUCCCGAGAACGUAUGUGGAACAACGGGAACUUGAAGAAUUCGAUAAAGUGAGUGAAGGCAAGUAUACGAUUGGACUUGGUCAACAACAGAUGGCGUUUUGUGGUGAUCAUGAAGAUAUUGCAUCGAUAUGCAUGACCGUUUUGACAAUGCUACUUGAGCGAUAUGAGAUAGAUCCGCAUUCGAUUGGCUUCUGUGCAGUGGGAACUGAAACAUUGAUAGAUAAGAGUAAGAGUGUGAAGACGCAACUGAUGGAUUUAUUUGGUGAUAAUACAGAUGUUGAAGGGGUUGAUGUGAAGAAUGCUUGCUUCGGUGGGACACAAGCGUUAUUUCAUGCCGUCGAUUGGGUUUACGCAAAUUGGCAAACUGAAACGAAGUAUACAUGCAAUUAUAUUGCUUUAGAAUUGGGUGCGUUUCCAAUACGGUUGAAUUAUGGUGUUAAAAUUGUACUGUUUCCAGGACGUUAUGCAGUUGUUGUUAUGGGUGAUAUUGCCAUCUAUGAGCCAGGUGCGGCCAGGUGUACUGGAGGUGUUGGAGCAUUCGCUGCACUAAUUGGACCCGACGCUCUGAUCUCGUUCGACCGAGGCUUACGGGCAACACACAUGACGAAUGUAUGGGAUUUUUAUAAGCCAAUCGGAGGCGGCUCGAAAGAAUUUCCGGUGGUGAACGGCCCAAUCAGUUUGACAUCAUAUAUGAAGUCAUUGGAUUCUGCAUAUCGUGCGUAUCGCCAGAAAGCGAUGCGCCUGCAACAAAAUUGCGGUUCGUUAAAGAAGUUAGUAUCGUGUUUCAAGCUUAGAAAUGAAUUAAUUGAUUUUGGCAGUAAUGACAUAAAAAGUAAACUUCAGUUAUCGAAUGUUGUUGAAGAGGUGAACGUGAACUCAUUCAAAGCCGUAAUGUUCCACUCACCGUUCUGUCGAAACGUUCAAAAAGCAUUCGCGAGACUUUGUUAUUUGGAUUACUUGAAUGGUGCAAAUGAUCAUCUGCUGAACAGUGAACAGCUGAAACCGUUCCGUUCAAUGAAAUUGGAAGAAACCUACAAGAAUCGUGACUUUAUGACCGCAACAUUGAAAGCGUCUGAGCAAUUGUGGUUGCAGAAAGUGGAUCCAUAUUUAUUGUUCAAUAAAAGAGUUGGUAAUAUGUACACACCGUCAGUUUUUGCUCAACUGCUUGCAUUAUUCCAUAGAUCUUCAUCGUUAGAAUCGAUUCGCCAUGAACGCAUUCUGUUGUUUUCAUAUGGAAGUGGGGCAGCUUCGGCGAUGUUUUCAGCGACGAUAUGCGAUAAUAUUGACGAUCAUCACUCAGGUAAGAAAGUAGUUGAAUAUGUAAUCCAGGAUGUGAUCACUUACAUUUGUGAUUUCGAUUGA